AUGGACUUUCUGUGGGUCCUGCUGUGGAUGGCCAUUGUGGCAGUUCUUCUUUGCAACCUGCUAGCAUGGACCUACCCUCACUACCUCCUCAGAUAUGAAUUCCCAUUUGCCAUUUGUCAGCGGAUCAUUGCCAGACUGACAGAGAACACAUUCUUCAUGGCCCUUAGGCUAGAUUAUAUAGCAUGGAAACUGGGCUUCAGCAAUCGCCACACAGUUACGAGGUUUUUCAUGAAUGGGCUCCCCAUCUUCAAACAAGACCCGAGGCUUCAUAUCAAGAAACUCCAGUUUGACGGUGUGCCUGUGAAGCAGUACCAACCACGAGAAGACCACACCAAACAUCAAAGAGGCAUUCUCUUCUUUCACGGAGGAAUUGGCAUCUGGUGCAGCACUGAUACCUACGAAAGGGUCUGCCGCUAUCUUGCCAGAGAAAGUGCCUCAUUUGUUGUGUCUGUUGCGUACCGUCUAGCUCCUGAGCACCCUUAUCCUGCACAGUUUGAAGACUGCCUGAAGGCUACCAUUCACCUUUUGAAAAAUGCAAAGGAAUACGGGGUGGAUCCUGACUGUAUCCUGGUUGGCGGAGAUAGUUCAGGGGCUACACUUGCCGCUGCCGUCUGCCAAGAGCUGGUCAAGAGAACUGACCUCCCCAAAGUGCGGGCCCAAAUCUUGCUGCACCCUUUUCUGCAGGCGGUAGAUUUUAAUUUACCAUCAUAUCAGCAAAACGCUUUUAAUCUCCUAAUAUCCAAACAUAUGUUACUGGAAAUUGGGUUGAAGUAUCGAAGAAAAUACUCAGUACAGGCAGCUAUGAAAGGCUCUCAUGUUCCCGAUGACAUAAGAAUCAAGUGGAAGACCUGGAUAAAUCCAGACCAUAUCCCAAAAAGAUUCAAAAGCAGAGGAUAUAAGCCUGCACCACCAACUCCUUUCCCCCCCAAAGUCUUAGAACAAUCCAAUGAGUUUUUUGAGACCACCGUUUCCCCACUUUUAGCUGAAGAUGACAUCAUUAGCCAACUCCCUGAAACAUACAUUCUAACCUGUGAAUACGAUGUACUAAGAGAUGAUGGACUGCUGUACAAAAAGAGGCUAGAAGAUGCGGGUGUUGGUGUGACUUGGGAGCACCUUGAAGACGCAUUCCAUGGAGUAGUCAUAGUCCUUGAAAUUCCAGUGUUUCCUUUUUCCUGUGCGACAAGAAAACUUGACUUUGUAGUAAAGUUCAUAAAAGGUCUUCAUGUUUCAGGGGAAAGCUCUUUGGCAGGAGGAGUCAAAGCUUUCACCAAGGGAGGAGGAGGAAUCUAG